CUUCGAUCUUCAUUCCGUCUUCGAUCUUCCGCGAAGCUGCGUUCGCAAAUUUCCACGGAAUUCGGUGUUCGCGCGCUCAAUUUCUGCGCACUCAUCUCGACUGAAACCCGAACUGGAUCAUCCGCAGUUUUUCCGCUCGCUCUUCUAUUUUUCACGCCACGAUGAUGACCGACAUGGACGUCCUGCCAUCCUUGAAACUCGGUGAUUUCACUCUCGAGUUUGAACUUGGACCACCGUCGGCUGAACUGGUUGAAGUUGCCAAAAAUGAGCUCAGAGAAACACCCGAGAGAACGAAAGAGGCCGUUGCGCAACUCAGGGAGCUCCUCAACGGAGAGACUGACCUGGUUUGGCCAUCGGACAACGAGGCGUGGUUGGUCAGGUUCCUAAGACCGGUCAAGUUCUACCCAGCGUCGGCACUGAAGCUGAUAAAGAACUACUACAACUUCAAGAUAAAGCACGCGAACGUGUACAAUGACCUGAAGCCAAGCCGUGAAAAGAACAUCUUCGAACACAACAUCCUGACGGUGCUUCCAAACCGGGAUCAGGACGGUCGUCGAAUCCUGAUCAUCGAGCUGGGCAAGAAGUGGAAGCACAACAAGUGCAGCCUGGACGAGGUCUUCAAGGGCUGCGUUCUUUUCCUCGAGGCUGCCACCCUCGAGCCAUCGUCCCAAAUCGCCGGUGCCGUCGUCAUCUUCGACAUGGACGGUCUCUCACUCCAGCAGACAUGGCAGUUCACCCCGCCCUUCGCCAAAAGGAUCGUCGACUGGCUUCAGGACAGUGUUCCCCUCAGGAUCAAGAACAUCCACAUCGUCAACCAGCCUUAUAUAUUCAACGUGGUCUUCGCACUGUUCAAACCUUUCCUCAGGGAAAAGCUCAAGAACCGAAUCAUUUUCCACGGUACCGAUAGGAAAUCCCUACACGAACACUUGUCGCCGAAAUGUUUACCUGAAUGUUACGGUGGUAAUCUGCAAAUUCCACGAGUCACUGGACCCCAGUGGCUUGAACUUUUGCUCAUGUGCGACAAGGAGUACGAGGCAAUCAACUCCUAUGGUUACAAGAAAAAAUGAAGACAUAGUAAAUAUCAUGCAACCAAACAUAUGAAAAAAUAAUUGAUUCUAAGUUAUAAAUUGAUAGGUGAUCGCUAAAAAAAAAAAAAAAAAAAAUGAAAAAAAGAAAAGAAAAGAAAAAGAAAUUCAUUAAAAUAAUAUGGCAUGUGUAUAAUUAAUUGGGCACAAAGUGACGAUAGUUAUUAGCGUUAAUGUUGUUAUUAUUAUUGUUACCACUAUACGUGUUAGUAUUAUUAUUAUCUUGAUGGUCACCAUCACGACUAUUAUUAUAAAUAAUGUUAAUUUUACUAUCAUUAUUAACUGUUAUUAAUGUGUUUUGUUUUUUUUUUUUUGUACAGAUCUCUACGUAUGUGUUCUUUUUAUAAAGGAAAAUAGAAGUUUUAUAAAAAAUUUGUGAGAACAAUGCGAAUAAAUAGAAAAAACAAAAAAAAAAAAAAACUGCAAAUUCAACUGACACGCAGCGCUUUCAGCACAUGAUAAUUAUUGAUCAAUUAUAUUCAUGGCAUUAAUCGAAAAUUGCAUCUGCCUCUUGAAAAACCCCGCUUCGUUUAUUCAAUUUAAUUUAAUUUUUCAAUUCAUCUCAUUAUCUGAUACUAUUAACUAUAUUCUCUCAUUCUUUAUCGCAAUUUUCACUGUUAUCGAUGACUGUAAAUGUUUAUUGUUCACCUCAUUUCCUUGGUCAUCCGUAUCUGACGAACAAAAUGAAUCAAUUAUCCGUACCUGUAUACUUGAAAAACCCGAUAAAUUAAUCAAACGGUUGGCUAUCAAAUUCGUCCGAUAUCACAUAUUUUAUUCAUUCAAUUUUUUGAUAAAAUUUAAGUAUAAUUAUAUAAUCGCAAAUUUAUCACGUGGACUAUUCACUGCGAUGCAUUAAUUAUUUUUAUAAAACAUACUUCGUCUGUUACAUCGAAAAUUUGUUCAAUGCGAUGCAUUUCAUUAACCAAACUUGAGAGACGUAGGAAUG